GCCGCCGCCGAGCGGCAGGAGAACGAGGAAGCAGAGAGGGCCCUCGCAUCGGGAGCGUUCCUGCGGACACUCGCAGUGAGGAGUGUGUGGAGGGACCAGCCAGCCUUCAAGCAGCAGCAGCAACAGCAUCAUCAGCAGCCAUGGAGGAGAUGACCAGGCGCCUUCAGGACGGCGGCUACAAGCGUUGGCUGUGCGCCGGCCACUGCCUGGGCCUGCUGAGGGACGCCCUCGUCCCCUUCACGGAGGCCGAGGCGCGACGCUUCCACCGCCGCCUGGCGCAGCGCCUGGGCCCCGGGAGGAGAUGCGCCACGGACUGCCCCGUCCGCAGACACCGGCUUGAAAACGCCUGUGUGGUGUGUACUGACUGGAAGGCAGCAAUCCUCCAGUAUCACUCCAACCCUAACGGCAUGGUCUACUGGGGCAACAGUAACCCUAGUCUCUGGGCGGUGCGACACUGGGAAGUGGCCAAAGUGUACAUGCCGCGGGGACAGAAGGACGCGCACCAAGGGGCAAGCCACAGUGACUGCGCCGCCUUGCUCAACCUCAUGCACAACUGCAAGCAUUUCCACCAGUUUGUGACUCCAAUGACUGUGUCUGCGGUAAUAAAUGUAAGAAACCAGGUGAUGCAUUCGGUGGAUAUGCGGAUUCCCCAGGAGGAGAUGAUCGACUUUGUGGGCCGAAUCCUGGCCCUCUUACAGGAGCUGCAUCAUCUCGAGAAGGCUAAAUGGGUGGCAUGGAACGUACAGCAGAUAAAGUACACGUCCUUUGAGAUCGUGUUCCCCAAGGGCGACUGGCCAGAUGGGGACACGGUGGAGGCAGACGGUGACUCAGAGGACGGGUGCCAGGAAGGGGAAAGGUUGCUUAAGCUGGAGCAGCAGCUGUUGAGAGAACGCGUGCAGGAGCUGUGCGCAUCUGCGGAAGAGGACGGAUACUCCCCCUCACAGGAGGACAUACAGUGCAUGCAGAGCCUGGGGCCCCUACUGCUGGGUGGAGGACCAGCCGGAGGCCUGGCCAAGGAGGUCAUUACGCUGCAGGCUCUGGCCGAGAGGUUUGGAGUGGCACUGGCGUCUGAGCCCGACGGAAAAGCAGGCAUUUCCAAGGAAGCGGUGGCUUCAGGCGAGGGGUCGGUCCCGCCCGGAGGGAACGGAGAAGGACCCGGCGCUUCCCUUCCGCAGAGCGAGGAAGAGACAAACUCCAACCAGAGCGCGGUGGCGGCCGCCUCAAAACCCGAAACGGGUCAGGAAGUGGAACCUGCAAGUUCGGAGGCCGACGGUUUAAAGAAGUGAAGUGGCACCACAUCAUUUCGCUUCGGUGGGGGCGGGGGGCGGGGGGGGUCGUUUCCCACGGGGACGGCCAAGGUUCGAGCUUUGGCCCGUAUACAAUCGGUGAAAAACCUCUCCCACUCCACGCAAGAGACGUCUUCUGCAUUAGGCUUCCAAUUCGUGGCAAAAGACUUUUCUUCGCGAUUAAACCGGAGUGCUUUGUAAAUUCCAUUAUUCGCAUUUACUUAGCUCCAUCCCGACAAUGAUGAGGCCACUUUUGUACGACGUGUGUGUGAUAUAAUCACGUGAUAUUGGGAAGGGGAAGGGUGAUCGUGAAGUGUAUAUUUCAAGCAUUGGAUUGAAUCAAUAAUGUCCUUUUUAGCAGUCUUUGAUUUUUUAUAUUCACGCUUGUUUACACGUAACUGUGUAAUGUUUACAAAAAUACAUUCCAAAUAAUGCAGUGUAGUGGGGUUUUUUAAAAACAUUUUUUAUAAUUUUGAAAAUAAUUAUUUCCCUUCAAAAAAUGAAUGCAGAGUAUGUCAUUUGACAUUAUAAAACAACGCAAAGGGGUGGAUUUUACUGAGCAGUUGUGUUCAAGCGUUGUCGCUACCGAGCUCUGGUGGAGCACGAUUUAUCGAGGCACACAACCCCCUGCACACUUGGCAACGCCCCACGCGCCGACAAUACCCUGCACACCGACUCGGCAGCCUCCUAUCCACACACGCCCUGCACGAACUGAAACACCUUUUCAACUAGCACAUCCGGUCCAUGCCAGCGCUUGGGGCGGGGGGGGGGCCUCACGGUACGGGUAGUUUCCCACUGGAUAUUUGCCGGCCCAACUGGCCACGCAAGACAUCUGAAUCUGGCUCGA